GUUCUCUUGACUAAUACUGAAGGAUUGUUUUUUCAACUAGUGCGUGCUUCACUUACAUUUUACACGCAUUUUCAAAAUUCACAUUUGAUUUGUUUGAUAAAGGAAACGGUCCAUCAUUUUUUUUUAAAGUCCUCAAAAAAAUAAAAGUAUUUGACAGUUCAAAGAAUAGCGUCGGGUUUUAUAGCCCGUGGCUACUGAGUGUGGGCUAUCGGGAGUAUGGCACUCACUGAAACAAUGGUAACUUAAUAUAGGCUACCACCCACCCCUCCAAAACUCUCCCACGACUAGGAUGAAUCACGUUUUCUCUGUGUUGCGUUUUUAGUAUUACGCAGAUUUAAAGCAUUUUAUGCAUAAUGUGCAUUUGAAAAAAUGUGUUGGAGUUUUGACGUCUCAGACAAUUUUGAAAUAAAAGGAUGCCUUAAGAACUACUCAUAAAAAUACUAACGCCCCCUCUGUAUAUCCGCUACGCAGUUAUUCGCUCCAUAUGUUCCCAGUGACGUGCCACCAAAAAACUAUGUGGGCGGGUGUUAAAGUGUAGUAUUUUGUCUGCCUUGAAAUUUGAUUCAGAAGUUUGGAGUAUUGAGGGGGAAAAGUCAGCGAAAGAUAAGAGAAAAGUCUGGCUGGACCCAACGUUUCAAGUGAUAAUUCUGAACAUACCAAUAACCCACUGAAUAAUCCUCGCCUUGCUUUUGACUUCCCCGAAAAAAGUUUACAGUUUUGGGACAAUGACAUCAGCAGGGCACCUGGCUGUCAACAAUCAUGAGGUUAAGGAGUUUGACAGUGUGAAGGAGUCUAUCAGUGAUAUAAUCAACCAGCUGCAGGACAUUGACCCUGCCCGUCUGUCCUUCUCCCCAUUCCUGGAUCUGGACACACAGAUCUCCUUGGCUCCUGUGUCAGAUAGCCCUGAAUCAUCUGUUGAGGAGCUGCACUCUCCCGCUCACUCUGUCCCUGGCUCUCAACAUUCCUUAGAGCCCUUGCCAACAGGGGACCAUAUUGACCAAGCUCAUCCCUACAAUAAUCGAUCCUGUGGUGAAUUCACAGAACAACAACAGGAAAAUACUGAACGGCAGGGAUUGCCAGAGGACGCUGUUGCUAAUGAUAUCCCUUUAGUGGACACACUAGGAGGGGUUCCCAUGGAAAACUGCACCCGUACCCCACCACCAGCGCUCCAGGGUGAAGUUCCAAAUGGCAGAGAAGGGGAGCAGUGGAACCCCCUGGAGUCCACCAAUCUGGACUCAACAGUAGAUGAAGGCCGCCCGCUGAUAAGGACCCUACCAGAAUGUAUUGAGAUGAACAUUUGGGACCCGCAGGAAGAAGGGGAGUGUGACGCAGUUCCAGAGGCAGCCAACAGUGGGCACUGUUGCUGUAGGUGCUGCAUGAGUGGCCGUGUUCCUGCUCUAUGCUCAGCUCUGGCAUCCUUGCUGUGUCUCCCAGGGAUUCUGUAUGCACUCUACUUCUAUGUUCCCUUGGAUGCCCCCCACUGUCCAGACUUGGUCAGCCGCCUCAUUUUCACACUCCAGUGUUGUGCUGUGGCAGCAGUGCCAAUCUUGCUGGCCAUGCUGACCACCGUUGUGUCCCGUUUCUGCACUGCAUCCCUGGAGCCUGUGCAAGCAUCACCCAGAGGUUCUACCCUUCAGCAGCUAUUCGUUACUGCGUCCUUGGAACAGCUGUCCCUCUAUACUCUCAACCUUGUUGUUAUGGCUUCCUUUCUGGCUCAAGACCAGCUGAAAGCAGUGCCCAUCUUGGCUGGAGUCUUUAUGGGAGGGAGGCUUGUGUAUUGGCUCUCACUCCAUCUCUGCAGCUCCUGGCGUGGGUUUGGCUCAGGGCUCACGGUUUUUCCACUCCUGGCCAUGGUGGCUUUCAACCUCUUCUGUCUGUUUGAUCUUGGCUUCAGUAAGCUCUUCCCUGGAGCUGACGAGAUAAACUUUGCUCUGACCACCCCCUCUCCUGGGCCUUCAGAGAUGGCCACAGGGCUGAGAGAUGCAGCAGAUCAUUUGUUGCCCACAGACUGCUUGGACACACAGAAAGGCAGAGGAUAUUGUUGAGCUCAGUCCCCUGGAAACUCUCCUUGUACCAGAAAUAUUCCAUUCCUGUGGUCUGAAGUUUUGCACAGCUGCAUAAAAUACCAUUACCACUAACCUCCAAGCUAGUAAACCCUAAGUGGCAUUUUGUUUUUUAUAGAGUACAGACGUUUGUGUAGAAUAUUCCAGACUUGACCUCCCCAAGAAAGAUUUUUCUUUACUUUUUAAGUUUGAAUUAUAAUCAAGUGUGUGAACAUUUGUGUUCACACAAGCACAGCUAGCAACAGUAUUAAUGUAAGGUUCUUUGGCAUAAAUUAUACUUCAGCAUAGGAAUAAAUACUGUUUGUGUCAAUUUAUCUCAGAAUAUUGGAGAAAAAAUCAUCUGAAUAUGUUUUUAAAACAAAAUUUAUUUUUACAUGAAAAUAAGCUGAUGAAUGAAAUUCUAGAGUCUAGAGAUAAAGCUUUUUUUCACAAAUGUUUGCUUAUUUCUUAUUUUUAUAUUUGUAACAGACCACAUUUCU